AGCGACGGCGUUCAGUCUCGCUGGAGCUACCAUCGCGGUCGGACGUUGCGAUUCGCUCCUCCGAUCGCGCUCCACCGCGCAUCGCGUUGUCGCGAGCGUGAUACGGAAUAAACGAACGGGUAAUAACGCGCAGUGCGGGAGGAGGAGCAGGAGAAGAAGCAGAAGAAGAAGAAGAAGAGGCGCGUGACGUCGCGCGGCGCCCACGCGGGCGGUCGCGUCGUUUGACGUUGUGAACAUCGCGCAUUGUGACUCUGUUUUCGGUGGUGAUAACGAGAGUCGCGCGGCGACGGCAGCACGACGCCGAGAUGAGACACUGAUGACGGGGGAUGACGUUCGAUGGAGAAGCAGAUUUACCGUCUCUCGCGAUCGGCCAACGGCGACACGGGGUGGCUGGUCGCGUCGCUUGUCGUCCACGUUAGGACCGCGAAGAAUGGCGUAAAGGCGACCACGGCCACUUAGUAUGUUAAUGCGAGACGCGGCUCGUACGUGACUGGAGGGCUAUUAUUGAUGAUCCCGGCGAGAAGGAGCGAGCCGUAAAAGCCGUAAAAACCAAGACGACGACGACGAGGAGGACGGAGCAAGAGCGAGGAGCGGGCUGUGUGUAAAUAGCCGGUGUAACGCGAGGCUGUAAUAAUCGUCGUGGAUCGUCCCGCCGCGACCGCGCAGUGAUCUACGAGAAGUCCCGUUUCGCCGUUUGAAAUGGAGUAGACGCUCGAGUAGACGUGCGCGCGAUUGAACGCGAUCGCAGCCGGUUAUACGAGCGGCGACAAUCGUGAGGGUCCCUCUAUCCACUUGGGCAUUUUCGACGAGGCGCCGCUCCGCCAGCCGACUCGUGUUGCAACAUGUUCGGGACGAAAUUGCGCACGUGGAUGGAGGCACACAUCGUGCGAUCGAAAAAGAAGAAGGACCGGAAGAAGGGCGACAAGGGAUUCGACUCGAACUGCAACUCCCCCAGGAGCCACAGCGCCAACAGAUCGCCCGCUCUGCAUCAGGUGCACCCGGUGGACUCGCCGUCGAAGAACGUGGACGGUAUCCGGCUGCACGGGGGUGGCUACGGCGCGACGGUGACCACGUCGUCCGGCACGUCUGGCGGUACCGGGAGCGUGAGCCUCUCCUCACCGGAGAGCGCUUACUCGACCGGCUACUCGACCGACGGCACCUCGCCCGGCACCAGCUUCCCGCCAGAGUACUACAUCAACAUCAGGACCGGCACCCACUACUUCCAGAGCAACGGUGGCGGCAGCGGUGGCGGUAGCGGCGGUGGCGGUGGCGGCGGCGGCGGCGGCGGCGGCGGCGGCGGCGGGGCUAACAACAAUAACAACAACAACAACAACAAUAAUAACAGCGGCGCCCUCGGCGGCGGCAAGGCGAGGCCGAAAAGGGUGCAGGCCGACGUCGCGGACCCGUCGGCCGCCGCACCGGGAAAUGGAAGAGUCGACGGUAAUCGAGCGCAUUCCGCGAACACGACGAACAUGAGCAGGGACAACGGUCAGCCGGAAGUACGGACGAGCACCCCUCAUAAGAGCGCAGAGACGAACCAUGCUCCGAGACAGCAGCAACAGCAACAGCAACAGCAGCAGCAGCAGCAGCAGCAGCAACAGCAAUCAAGGCAGCAGGAGAGUUCGCAUCGCAGGACGGAGUCGUACUCCGCCGAUUCGUCGAGGAACAGCCUGCCCGUGCCAUCGUCGAUACCGCCGCCGUUGGUCUCACCGCCGGUGCAGUCGCCCCGCGAGCGGUCGCGCAUCCGGACGAACCCGUGGCUAUCGGCGAACUCGUCCGGCUCCAGCACGAACGGCCUCAAGUCCCGGCUCACCUUGGACGAGAGUAGCAGCAGCUCUGGCCUGAAGCUCACCGAGUCGUCCGGCAGCGCGAGCGACGUCAACCUCAACCUGAACGGCAGGGAGCUCCAGGUCAGCAGAAAGGAGCAUCGCCAGGAGAGCCUGAGCGCAGGCCGAAGCCCGAUCAACCAAAACUGGAGGAUCACCCCGGGCAUGGAUCUUCGACCGAAGAUACCUCUGGCGCUGCAACGUCGUGCCAGCAGCAGCAGCUCCUCGGUAUCGUCGGUGACGCGCAGCGUGCGCUCGUCCGAGGACGACAUCACGCUCAACGAGAUGAUGGGUAAGUUCGACGAGAGCUACGUGUACGAGAAGGAGACGGACAUCCUGUCGGACAGCGACCCAACUGACUGCGAGGACUACAUAGACUCGUUGUCGGACAUCGACACCGGUCAGGAUGGCGGCGACGAGAACGACCCGUUCGAGAACGAUGAACUCGACUACAUCGACAACGGCUCCUUCCUCGACCUGGACAGCCUCGAGUGUGGUGGCCACUUCCCCAACACUGGUCAUUGCACCUACUUUGCCUUUACCAGCGAGCUCAGCCGGCGCGGCACUAGGCUUCGCGAGUCCUUCCUCAAGCGCAGGACCAAGGACGAACUGAUAUCUCAGAGAAGCGCAAGCGCGAGGAACAGUGCGAAGAGACAGAGCACACGACACAAGAAGCUGGACGACAACAAGCAGAGCGAGAAACGCAAAAAGAGGAUAUCGCAACGUCGCAAGACGAAUCUGGACAGAUACGACGACGAGACUGCGAAUCUGAACCGCGUGCUGGUCGAGAGGAUGCUGCUGAAGAACUCGGGCUUCAACCAAGGCAGCAGGAGCGUGGGCGGCACGCCGAUGUGCCUGCGACGCAAGAAACACGACGUCAACAAGAAUCUCUCGCCGAUGAGGCUGAACGGCAACCCGUCGGCCAUCAGGCCCGCCGUGUUGGAGAACGAGGUCGUCAAGAGACGAUCAAACUCGGUGAGCUACGUGAACGGCAACAUCGUGAGACGUCAUGUAGCCGGCAAUACGUACAUGACCACCUUCGCCUCGGAGAUCGCGCUGAUUGAGGCGGAUAAGGAAGCCGACCGCAAGUAUCGCGAGCUCAUCCUCGAGGCAGAGAACAUCCUGGUGAGUAUGCAGAAAUACCAGAAUCCAUCGCCCUGCGUGCCGUCGCCGUCGCGGAAGCUGCACAACGGCCUCGCGAACAAGCGGGUCGAGCUGAUCAAGAACACCGAGCUGAACAUCGAGCUGGCGCUGUCCAAGAGCCGCAACUCCCAGCCGGAGUUGCAGAGCGGCAGCAUUCGUGAUCUGGAGCAUACCAGUCCCAAGCGACAAUUCCCCCAGCCUUGUUCGCCGAUCCACCGGUUCAUGGAAAGGAACUCCCCGGUCGGGCACGGCUUCCCGGCGAAAGAACACUCGGUCUACCGACAGGACUUGUCCAAAUGCCCGGACUCACCGGUCGUGUCGCGCCGGACGCCUCAGGGCUCGCCCAACAGGAGCCUGAUGCACCACCAGGUGCACCGGGCGCGCAACGACCCCGAGUCGGAGGUCAAGGAGUGCCACAGGCCUCGGGUCGCUUUGAACUGCAACGGCGGACUCAGGUCGGAAGCGUCGAUGGACGUGAGAAAUUCGCUCGGCAGCAAGACGCACGCUAUGAUGUCACAGGGCUCUCUCGCCGGCGGCAGGAAGGACUUUCGCGUCGCCAGGGCACCGACCAAAGAGGAGGGGGUGACGUCCAGCUCGUCGGAUUCCGAGGAGAAGUGCGACGUGAGGCGAAGAGCCCCUCUGAUGACUUUCAGAUCAGUCGAUAUGGGUCCCAUUAAGGAAGGCUCCUCCUACUGCCCGCAAAGUGAGCCAGUGAAAAGGAAAGUGUAUGCCGGAAGCGCAACAUAUGGCAGAAUACAAAAGACUCUGGGCGAGCACGUUAUGCUGAGGAACUCAGACGGCGAUACGGCGACCGAUGACACUGACGACUCGAGGAGGUCUCUGAAGGAGAAGGUGGCGCAACUGCGGCAAGAGCGACUGGCGGCCGAGGCGAGCGCGAACAACGCCCAAGACUCGCAAUUCUUCCAGCACCAGCUGUCGCAGUUAAGGCGGCAAAUGCUGAUGCAGACGAUAGAGGGCCUGAAGCGCAGCCUCGAGGACCAGUCGGCCACCCUGAAGCAGACCUGCCUGGAGCCGGUGCUGAGCGACGAGUUACCUUGAAGCGGGCGCAUCCGCUUCCGGUCCGGCUUACCGCACCGCGCGAUCGCGACUGACGGAUCCCCGCGACGCCGCCCAUCUGCUCCCCGCCGCCGACGCUCGCGUACGGGACCUCGCUCGACGAGCACAGGAUCGAACGCGAGUCCUGUCCGUCGGCGAGAACGCGCGAUUGGUCGAGCCGCUGCGCGUUGCCGGGAGUAUUGAUCAGACGCGGCGUCGUUCUAUCUGUGCGCGUCGGCCUUUGCGAUUUUUCCUCGGGCUCGGCCGAGCGCCGGCGCGCACGUCAAAUUUCUAUUUUUCUGUCCGUUUCUGUAUGGAGAGAAGUAGAACAGAGGGGAAGAGAGAGAG